AUGAUUUCCACUGUGUUUCUGUUCUCUGCUCUGCAGGAGAGGGAGCUGAUGCCAGAGGAGCUGGAUGAGCUGCAGGAGGCCUUCAAGGAAUUUGACUAUGACGCGGACGGCUUCAUCCAUUACAAAGACAUCGCCGACUGCAUGAGGACCAUGGGCUACAUGCCUACGGAGAUGGAGAUCAUCGAGAUCAUCCAGCAAAUCAAAAUGAAAUGGGGCGGACACGUGGACUUUGAUGACUUCUGCUCGCUAAUGGGGCCGAGGAUGUUGGCCGAGACGGCUCACAUGGUCGGACUGAAGGAGCUGCGCUGUGCCUUCAAACAGUUCGACUGUGACGGCGAUGGAAAGAUCACGUGUGACGAGCUGAAGGAGGGCAUGAAGACGCUGCUGGGGGAGAAGCUGAAGAAAGGUGAGCUGGAGGAGAUCCUCGGCGACAUUGACCUCAACAAAGACGGCAACAUCGAUUUUGACGAGUUUGUUAUGAUGCUUUCUGCACAAUGAGCCCUGACGAAAGAAGACG